AUGUCUUCCCUUCCUCCCGUCUACAUUGUUUCCACCGCCCGUACCCCUGUGGGCGGUUUCCUUGGCUCUCUUUCCACCCUUGCUGCUCCCAAGCUCGGUGCCCAUGCUAUCAAGUCCGCUGUCGAGCGUGCUGAGGGCAUCAACCCCGCCGAUGUCGAGGAGGUCUUCUUUGGCAACGUUCUGUCUGCUGGUGUCGGACAGAACCCUGCCCGCCAAUGCGCUAUCGGUGCUGGCCUCGCGGAUUCCACCGUCUGUACCACCGUCAACAAGGUCUGCGCCUCCGGCCUGAAGGCCGUCAUCCUCGGUGCCCAGACCAUCAUGACCGGAAACGCCGACAUUGUCGUCGCCGGUGGUGCUGAGUCCAUGUCCAACACCCCUCACUACCUCCCCAACAUGCGCACUGGCGCCAAGUACGGAAACCAGAGCCUGGUCGACGGAAUCCAAAAGGACGGUCUGCAGGACGCCUACGGCAAGCAAGAGCUCAUGGGCUUCGCUGCCGAGGAGUGCGCCGAGGACCACGGCUUCAACCGCGAGCAGCAGGACGACUACGCCAUCCGCAGCUACCAAAAGGCCCAAGCCGCGCAGAAGGCCGGAGUUUUCGACUUCGAGAUCGCUCCCAUUGAGAUCCCCGGUUUCCGCGGUAAGCCCGGUGUCACCGUUUCCCAGGACGACGAGCCCAAGAACCUCAAUCCGGAGAAGCUGCGCGCUAUGAAGCCCGCUUUCAUCCCCGGCACCGGCACUGCUAAGGUCAAGGAGCUCGGUCUCAAGCCCAUCGCCAAGAUUCUCGGCUGGGGUGAAGCCGCUCACGCGCCUAACAAGUUCACCACCGCCCCUGCCCUGGCUAUCCCCAAGGCUCUCAAGCACGCUGGCGUGACUCAGGAGUCCAUCGAUGCCUUCGAGAUCAACGAGGCUUUCAGCGUUGUCUCCCUUGCCAACAUGAAGCUGCUCGGCCUCUCCGAGGACAAGGUUAACAUUCACGGUGGUGCUGUUGCCAUUGGUCACCCUCUUGGUGCUUCCGGUGCCCGUAUCCUGUCUACCCUGAUCGGUGUCCUCAAGGCUAAGCAGGGUAAGCUCGGCUGCGUUGGUAUCUGCAACGGUGGCGGUGGUGCUAGCGCCCUCGUCCUCGAGCUCCUCUAA